UAUUUCACUGCUCAUUUCCAACUCAGCCAGCCCUGAAGUUAAGAGCCUCGUCCUUAGGUAGGUGGGCAUGCCAGUGCCACCCCACCUUGAGUCACGACUCACUCGGGUCCUUUAGAAAAAAGAACCCCUCCAUCCAACUUGGUGACUGAUCUUCCACCUUUUCCUUGCCGUUGCUCCUCUCUUCAACGUGACUUUGGACAGUUGGAAGGUUGCGCCUUUCUCUGGAAGUACCACUUGUUCCUCUGAAGGUUUCGUCACCCAAAGAUCUCCUUCGGGUCAACGAGGCACCCCGCAAAGACCUCCAGCCAACGCCCACCAUGUCCAUCGACUUCCCCAAGGCAGAGGAGGCCGUCCUUGAGCAAUGGCGCGAAAUUGGCGCCUUUGCGCGUCAGCUCGAGCUUUCCGAGGGCCGUCCUCGCUACACCUUCUAUGAUGGACCGCCCUUCGCGACAGGUCUUCCCCACUACGGCCAUCUCCUGGCAUCGACCAUCAAGGACAUUAUCCCCCGAUAUUGGUCCAUGAAGGGCUUCCACGUCGAGCGUCGAUUCGGAUGGGAUACCCACGGCAUCCCCAUUGAGCACGAGAUUGACAAGAAGCUGGGCGUCACGGGCAGGCAGGCCGUCAUGCAGUUCGGUCUCGACAGGUACAACGCCGAGUGUCGCGCUAUUGUCAUGCGAUUUGCGGGCGAAUGGCGCCACACGAUCGAUCGUCUGGGUCGCUGGAUCGACUUUGACAACGACUACAAGACCAUGGACCCGAACUUCAUGGAAUCGGAAUGGUGGGCUUUCAAGCGACUCUUCGACAAGGGCUUGGUCUACCAAGGGUAUCGCGUGAUGCCCUAUUCCACGGCACUCACCACGGCCCUGAGCAACUUUGAGGCCAACCAGAACUACCAGGACGUGAACGACCCCGCGAUUGUUGUGUCCUUCCCCCUUGUUGAGGACCCGGACACGGCCCUUCUUGCCUGGACGACGACUCCCUGGACUAUGCCCUCGCAUCUCGGCCUCGCCGCCCACCCCGACUUCGAAUAUGUCAAGGUCAAGGACGAGAAGUCUGGCAAGACAUACAUCAUCCUGGAGAACCUCCUGACGACGCUCUAUAAGGAUCCCAAAAAGGCCAAGUACACCAUCACCGGCAAGAUCCUCGGCAAGGACAUGCUGGGCUGGAAGUAUCUGCCCCCCUUUGACUACUUCUACGAGGACUUCAAGGAUGUGGCCUUCAAGGUUCUCAACGCCACAUAUGUGACGGCCGACAGCGGUACCGGUAUCGUUCACCAGGCCCCCGCCUUUGGUGAGGACGAUUAUAACGUGGCCGUGGAGGCUGGUAUCGUCACGGAGAACCGCCCGGCGCCUGACCCGAUCACGGACACUGGCAAAUUUACAGCUCGCGUCCGUCACUUUGAGGGCAUGCACGUAAAGGAGGCAGACAAGCACAUCAUCAAGCACCUGAAGAACGAGGGCCGUAUCGUCGUUGAUUCUAUGCUGAAGCAUUCAUACCCAAUGUGCCCACGGUCAGAUACCCCUCUGAUCUACCGUGCUGUACCUUCGUGGUUCAUUCGCAUCCCUGAGAUCGUACCGGACAUGCUGAAGAACAUCGAGGGGACACACUGGGUGCCAUCCGCUGUCAAGGAGCGCCGCUUUGCCAACUGGAUUGCAGGCGCCCGUGACUGGAACGUCAGCAGGAACCGAUAUUGGGGCACUCCCCUCCCCAUCUGGGUCAGCGACGACGGCGAAGAGCGCGUCUGCGUUGGAAGUGUGCAAGAGCUGCGCGAACUGAGUGGUCACGCCGAGGAGAUCAACGAUCUUCACCGCGACAAGAUCGACCACAUCACGAUCCCCAGUAAGCAGGGCAAGGGUGACCUGAAGCGCGUCGAAGAGGUCUUUGACUGCUGGUUCGAGUCUGGCAGCAUGCCAUUCGCUAGUCAGCAUUACCCCUUCGAGAACGUCGAUAAGUUCGAGGCAUCCUUCCCUGGCGACUUCAUCGCGGAAGGUUUGGAUCAGACUCGUGGUUGGUUCUACACGUUGGUCGUCAUGGGAACCCACCUGUUUGGACAGGCUCCGUUCAAGAACUGUGUCGUCAAUGGUAUUGUCCUGGCCGAAGACGGCAAGAAGAUGUCCAAGCGUCUCAAGAACUACCCCGACCCUAACGUCAUCAUGGCCAAGUAUGGAUCCGACGCACUCCGCUUGUAUCUCAUCAACUCCCCCGUGGUACGUGCCGAGCCGUUGCGCUUCAAGGAGUCUGGCGUGAAGGAGGUUGUGCAAAAGGUGCUCCUCCCUCUCUGGAACAGCUACAAAUUCUUCGAGGGUCAAGUGGCGCUUCUCAAGAAGGCCGAGGGCGUCGACUACAUGUGGGAUCCGAGCAUGGAGUCGAGCAACACCAAUGUCAUGGACCGUUGGAUUCUAGCCAGUUGCCAGAGCUUGCUCGAGUUUGUUAACGAGGAGAUGAAAUUCUACCGCUUGUACACAGUCGUGCCCCGUCUUCUGGAGCUCAUCGACAACACGACGAACUGGUACAUUCGAUUCAACCGUCGCCGCCUCAAGGGUGAGGGUGGCUUGGACGACACACUCCACGCUCUCAACGCGCUCUUUGAGGUGCUCUAUACCCUUUGCCGUGGCCUGGCGCCCUUUACACCCUUCCUGACCGACAACAUCUACAAGAGGCUGCUUCCUCAUAUCCCCGAGAAGCAGCGUGCCAAGGAUGCCCGUAGUGUGCACUUCCUCGAUUUUCCCGAGGUCCGCAAGGAGCUUUUCGAUCCCGUCGUUGAGCGAAGGUUCGGCAGGAUGCAGAAGGUCAUCGAGCUCGCCCGUGUGUCGCGUGAGCGUCGUGCCAUCGGCUUGAAGCACCCGCUUAAGACCUUGGUGGUCAUCCACCGUGAGCCCCAAUACCUUGAGGACGUCAAGUCUCUGGAAAAAUACAUCUGCGAGGAGCUCAACAUCCGCGACCUGGUGCUCACGUCGGAUGAGAACAAGUACAAUGUUCAGUACAGCGUUGUCGCCGACUGGCCGGUGUUGGGCAAGAAGCUGAAGAAGGAUCUGGCUCGGGUCAAGAAGGCACUGCCUACUCUGACGAGCGAACAAUGCAAGGCGUACGAGAUGGAGAAGACCAUUGUGGUUGACGGAAUCCCUCUUGGGGAGGGCGACCUGGUUGUGCGCCGUGGCGUGCAGGAAGACGAGACGUCCAAGAACCUCGAGACCAACACGGACAGCGACGUUCUGACCAUCCUGGACACGGAGAUACACCCUGAGCUAGCCCAAGAGGGUCUGGCCCGUGAGGUCAUCAACCGCGUGCAGCGUCUGCGCAAGAAGGCUGGUCUGCAGCCUACCGAUGACAUCAAGAUGGAGUACAAGGUGCUCACUGACCCUGAGAGCAUCGGGCUGGAGGAAGUGUUCUCAUCACAAGGGGCGUUCUUUGAGAAGUCGCUGCGCCGGCCCAUUGACAAGCAGGCUGGCUCGGAGACGGAGGGGCUCAUUGCAGAGGAGGAUCAAGAACUGCAGCAGGCAACAUUCUCGCUUCGGUUGCUGAAGCUAUGAGGAAGUGGUGAUUUUGCAUUUGGUAGAUUUAAAUGAUAUUAUGAGGGAUAGAUAAGAGUCUUAGGCAGUUCGGAAUACCAUGUAGAGAUAUUUGCAGUUACUUUUUCGACGCAAGCAGAUAGCAGUCCUUCAACCUCAUAAACUCUUUGGCACACUUGUCCUUGUGCACGGCAUUGUAAUCUGCCACUAUACACUUGCCAUAUGCAGCGGCUUCGACAGAGCACUUUGAAGUGGCGGCCGCGAAUUUCUGAAUCGGGCGCGUCUUGGCAGGAUUCAUCUUCGAUGCAAAAUGAUGCCGACUGAGGGCUUGGUUGAAUCCACGUCGAUGAUGAAGUCUAUUGUGAAUCUCUAGGGUAUGGUGCAUAA